AUGACGUCAUCGUCGUCGCACCACCACGACGCCUCCUCGGCCACCUCCACCCCCCGCGCCGGGGCCGGCAGCACCACCAGCAGCAACGGCAACGGCGGCGGCGGCGGCCACCACCACCCGCCUCCUCCGCGUGCGCAGCCGCACGGGGCCGCGUUCGUGCGCCUCAUGUGCAGCUUCGGCGGCCGCAUCCUGCCGCGCCCGGGUGACCACCAGCUCCGCUACGUCGGCGGCGAGACCCGCAUCGUCUCCGUCCCGCGCACCACCUCCCACGCCGUCCUCUUCGCCGCGCUCGCCAAGCUCGCCCCCGCGCUCUUCGUCCCCGGCGAGCCCACCCCGGCGCUCCGGUACCAGCUCCCGCACGACGACCUCGACGCGCUCAUCUCCGUCUCCUCCGACGACGACGUCGACAACCUCAUGGAGGAGCUCGACCGCGUCCACAGCCUCGCCGCCACCGCCAUCAAGCCGCCCCGCCUGCGCCUCUUCCUCUUCGCCGCCUCGCCGGACCACUCCCCUGCGGGCGCGUUCGGCUCCGUGCUCUCCGGCGUCGGCGACGCCUCCUCCGACCAGUGGUUCGUCGACCAGCUCAAUGCCCCGCCGCCCGGUUCCAUCGAGCGCGGCCGAUCCGAGGCCUCCUCGAUCGUCUCGGAGGUCCCGGACUACCUCUUCGGCUUCGACACGACCUCCGAGGAGCCCAGCCCCGGCACGGGCGCGCAGCCCAAGUCUGACGCGGAGGUGGCGCAAGGCGACGACGACGACGACGCGCCGGCUCCCGUACUGGGCGCUCCUCUGGUGCCAUACGUCCCGGAGAGCGCCCCGUGGCCGGCCCCGCCGCCACCGUACAUGGGGCAGCCGGUGUACUACGUGCCUGUUCGCCCGGUCCACUACCUCGACGCGGCUGGGCACGGCGGCUACAUGCCCGGGCCGGUUUACCACAUUGUCGGUGGGGGGAGAAACGAAGCCCCGGGAGAUCUCUACUCGUCUGGGGGCGUCGGUGGCGUCUACGGCGUCCCGCGCUCCAUGCCGCCAUUCCGUCAGGUGAUGUACGCGCCGCCACCCGCCACGGAAGUCUACUCGGUGGAGGGGAAGCCGCCGGAAGGUGAGUCCCACUCUCCGUAG